ACGAGAUGUUGAUAUUGUGGACGUAUGGGGACGAAUCAAAGAUUUAAUUGUCAAAACAAUCAUAAGGUAGCCCGUUUUCUGAGUUUAGUCUACAUUAUAAGUUUCUUUGUCUAUAAUACUUGCAUAAAAUGACUUUAGUGCUGAUGCUUAUGUUAACGUUCUGGUAAAAGCUAAUGUAAAACGAAAAUUUAGCGUACAUGAAUUAUUUGGAUUUGAUGUUAUUUUGGAUGAACAAUGCAAACCAUGGAUUGUUGAAGUGAAUAUUUCUCCUUCUCUACAUUCCAAUUCACCUCUUGAUGUUAGUGUCAAAGGAUCUAUGAUAGCUGAUCUACUGAAUUUAUCCGGUUUUCAAAUACCCGAUAGACGAGAUGUACUAGCUGAUUCAGGUGUUAAAAGGAAAGCACGUCUGCCAAAAAGUCUUAUAUUUGACAAACGGAUAUUACCACAAUCGUUAUCAAAUGAUGAAAAACUAAAGCAUCAAUAUUUCACACAACGCUACAAUGAUGAACAAAUAAGAAAAAAUAUAUUGGAUAUGUUUACACCUGAUGAUAUUCGUCUGUUAACCGAAACAGAAGAUGAAUAUGCGAGACGAGGAUCAUUUGAGCGUAUUUAUCCAACGCAUCAAACACGAAAAUAUUUAAAAUAUUUUGAAACACCAAGGUAUUAUAAUUUACUGUUAAACGAAUGGGUUACAAAAUACUAUCGACUUGAAGAACGAGGUAUUUCACUUUUGAAUAAUUUUUGCAAAAAGUCUAUUCAUAUUCAAAAUCCGGCAGAAGAUGCAUCCCAUCUGUGGACACAGUUUCAAAAAUGGCAGGCAUCGAAUAGUAAUCGUGACAUGGACUACUGA